AUGAGUAGUCAUCCAGGCGAAAGCCUCACUCACCUGUACGAGAUGGCGCCCACGCCUCUGACCAAGCUCGGCUUGCUGUCCUUCUGUGUCGCGCUCAUCUUCGUCGUCUUCAUCUUUGGCAGAUCGCUCCAACGCAUAUUUUUCGGAUCAUUACACCCCAGAGAAGUGGUCCAUCUCCAGGAACGAGCAGUCUACACAAUCUCCGAGUUUGCAAUGCAGCUGUUUGUGUUCCGAGCACAACUGAACAGGCGGUUUGUCGGCAUGUUUGCUACCCUGCUGUUCAUCAAGGGACUCCAUUGGAUGUGCACAGUGCGAACCCGCUAUGUAUAUCUGGAGUACCCCAACAGUGGCAUUGUGAUGCGAUACCCACGGCUGAUUCUGGCGCUGGUCAUUCUGCACGUGACCGACAUUCUGUGGAUCAGAUACUGCUUGCGUAAACUGCGCGUCUCUCAAUCUAUGGUGGUUUCUGUCUUCUUGUUUGAGAUCACAAUCCUCUUUUGUUCGCUGCUCGGAUCGACAGGAAUAAUGUUGUUUGAUCUCGUAGAAAAGGCCCUGCUCUACAUGUGUCUCUCUAAGGGCCAGUUGGUCAAGAGUAAAAGAUACUGGCUCUUUCUGCUAGGAUUUGCUGUCACUACAGCUAAACUCAUCUCCUAUCUCAUCUUCUCAGCCACUCUCAUGGGCGACUAUUGCAUUCCCCUGCACAUUUUCCGCGAGUUCUACAAGACUUUGCGUAUCACAAUUUCAGGAACUCGAGAACUCAUAAAGUCCCGAAAGACUCCAAACUUCCACGGCCUCUAUUGGAACCUUCAGGACGCUUCAGAAAAGCAGAUCAACGAAUCUAACGACAUCUGUGUCGUCUGUAGAGACAGCAUGAAGGCCGGAGGACUCAGUGGAGUCCAGGCUCCAGACAAGAACAUUCCCAAGGUGCUGACAUGUGGUCACAUUGUUCAUUUUGGAUGUAUUGCUUGUUGGAGUGAGUACUCGAACCGAUGUCCUACUUGUAGGAGAUUAGUCGAGUAG